AUGUCACAGACAAUCCUGUCGGCCUCUGCGAAAGGGGCCACCUUUCUUAUCCUCCUGCAGGUUGCUUCGAGAGCGCUCACGUUCGCUGUCAAUCAGGUCUUGCUCAGGUUUCUUUCCCCGGAGCUUCUCGGCGUUUCCGCUCAACUAGAGUUGUUUUCCAUCUCCGUGCUCUAUUUUGCACGCGAGAGCUUGCGUGUCGCUCUCCAGCGCCAAGCACACGGAACUCAAGCUGUCGUCAACCUUGCCUAUCUCGCAGUAAUUACCGGGCUUCCUUUGACGUACCUCCUCGCUCAUCUAUGGCUUCGAUCAGUUACGCCAAAUGUGCCUUACUUUGUACGCGCUUUGGGCCUGUAUUGUAUUGCUACAUUCAUUGAGCUCGUGACUGAGCCUGCGUUCUCAGCCGUACAGCAGAAGUUGCUGUACAAGGUUCGAGCAAGCGCUGAGAGCACCGCUACUCUGCUCCGAUGCUUAGGAACAUGCGGCUCCGCCAUCUUGGCGAGUCUUGUUGGCAUUGACAUUGGAGUUCUGCCGUUCGCUAUCGGACAGCUGGCUUACGCUCUAGGGCUGCUGGUCGUGUACUUGUACAACAUGUGGCCAGUCGCGCGUAACGAAGAUUUCACGUUACUGCCGAAGCAGCUUUCGCUGACAGGAGAUUCUUCCAUUACAUUCAAUUACUUUUCGACACCUCUUCUUCGGCUCACAGGAUCUUUGACACUGCAGUCGGCCCUUAAGUUCAUCCUGACGCAAGGGGACUCUCUCUUGAUCACAACAUACACAUCGCUCGCUGACCAAGGCGCCUAUGCUCUCGCAUCCAAUUACGGUGGCCUGAUCGCUCGUAUGCUGUUCCAGCCUAUCGAGGAGAGCAGCCGUAACAUGUUCGCAAAGCUGUGCGCAUCCGAGCCGGCGCCAAACACUAAGGACCGGAACGAAGGACCUCAGUCACAAGAGCGAAAGCAGAACAUAUCGCAGGCAGCAAAAGUGUUGACCAUCAUUCUGCGCCUGUACACCAUCAUCUCGUUGUUCGCAGUCACGUUGGGCCCAACGCUCGCCCCACUGCUUUUGUCUGUUGUUGCGGGUAGGAAAUGGUCUGCGACAACAGCUUCGAAAGUCCUAGGCACUUACUGUUACUACAUCCCCUUUUUAGCGAUCAACGGAGUGACAGAAGGGUUCGUAGCUGCGGUUGCUACCAACAAAGAGCUGUACGCACAAUCCGUAUCUAUGGGCUUCUUCUUCGCUGCAUUUUCCGGCAGCGCGUGGUUCUUCAUCGGACAUUUGGAACUUGGUGGUAGUGGAGUGGUGCUUGCAAACACAGUCAACAUGGCAUUGCGUAUUUCGUGGAACACCUGGUUCAUCAGAAGAUUCUUUGGUCAAAAGGAUAUCUUUUUCAAACUGUCGGACACGCUUCCCUCGAUCACAUCUCUUGCGCCAGCAGUCAUUGUUCCCACUCUGAUGCAGAUGAGACCCGGUUUCAAGUACCUUGCAAGGUUUGGUGUGUUUGGGGAGCUGGUCAGUACGGGCGCAGUCGCUGGACUGUAUGCUGUACACGUUCUUUUCUUCGAACGACAAUUCCUUCUGGACUGUUACCGUAUGCUGAGGCCAGCGCGCUCUGCUCAGCCAACGAAAGCACAGUAG